UAAACCCACAAGAUGCCUCCUUAAUUUAUUUACCAACAGCAAACAUAUAAAGCAAAGAGAAAAAUAUGGAGGAAGACAAAAAUAAUAACCCUACGAGCACGAACACAAACGUGAUCGUUCCUUUCGUUGCGAAGACAUAUCAGAUGGUCAACGAUCCUUCGACCGAUUGGCUCAUCACCUGGGGACCUGCCCACAACAGCUUCAUCGUCAUUGACCCUCUCGACUUCUCUCAACGCAUCCUCCCUGCUUAUUUCAAACACAACAACUUCAGCAGCUUCGUUCGCCAACUCAACACCUACGGGUUUAGGAAAGUGGAUCCCGACCGGUGGGAGUUCGCGAACGAGCAUUUUCUGAGAGGACAGAAGCACCUGCUCAUGAACAUAGCGCGUAGGAAGCACGCGCGUGGGAUGAUGUACGGUCAGGAUUUGGAGGACGGUGAGAUCGUGAAGGAGAUCGAACGGUUGAAAGACGAGCAGAGGGAGCUCGAGCUGGAGAUUCAGAGGAUGAACCAAAGGAUCGAGGCGACGGAGAAGAGGCCUGAGCAGAUGAUGUCGUUUCUUUACAAGGUCGUUGAUGAUCCUGACCUCCUCCCGAGGAUGAUGCUCGAGAAAGAGCGGACAAAACAAGUCUCCGACAAGAAGAAGCGUCGUGUCACGGUGAAGUCAGAGGAAGGGGCGGGGGAGGAGGAGGAAGACAACGGGAGAGUGUUUGGUGUGGUUUCACCGUCACCGUCUCCGCCGGAGAAUUCGAUGGGAUGGGUUGUCCCGAUGCAGAGGCCGGGGCGGUUUGGUAGUUACAACGAGACGGGUCUGGUGACGAACUCGAUGGUUUCCACUUCGUCGAAGUCAUCAUCGUUAACGUCGACGUUGUCGUUGCCGGAGAGCGUAAACGGAGGAGGUGGGAGUAUUCAGGGAGAGACAAGGGACAAAGAAGCGGCGACGUUAGGAGGAGUGGUAGAGUCAAAUCCACAAACACCGGCUUAUCCGUUUUCUUUAUUUCGAGGUGGCUUUUAGACUAGUAGCUUCACAUGAUACAUGAUGAUCUUUGGUUCUUCUUAACAUUGUUAUUUGUUGUUAUUUUUCUUAAAUUAUUUGUAAUGUAUAACCAACCAAAAAUAAAUAGAUAGGACGGAUCGAUAGUUGUUAGUUUCGUGAGUAGUAGGACAAGGAGACAGUGUCAGUAUUCAUAGCGUUUUAUUACUUUUACAGAAAGUUCACAUUAUAUAUUUUUGCAGAUUAUGUGAUGUAAGUCACAUAUAGUUUAAUAUUCUCGCUAAUGUGUACUCUAGUUUCAGUUAAUAAAUGG